AUGGCAAGAAGAAGGAAGAAAAGUAGAAAAAGUACUGGUUCCUCCAGGAAAGAAGAACUGACUUCAAGUGUCGCUUCCAAUGUUUUGUAUGAUCCUGAAAUUUAUGAAGCGCAGAUUGGGAUACUGAAAAAGAAAAUUAGAGACUAUCAGUACGUGAUCGAUAAUUAUAAGGAUCUUAUUCUUCAAACAACGUCUAAAGUCCACAACAUUGAAUCAGAUGGCAAGGGACUUAUCACAUAUUUACAAAACUGCAUUCAAAAUAAAGAUAGGGAAAUCCUUGGUUUGAAACAAAAUCUCAGCACUUUACUUAAAAGGAUGAGUGAAAAGCAAAAAGAACACAACAAAAUUGUAGUCAGUCUGAGGCUUGAAAUCGAGGCUAUUGAAGAAAAGUUGAACUCAGAGAAAGCAGUUUUGACGGGAAAAGUUGAGUCUCUCGAAAAUUUUAGUGUUGAGCGAGCUCAACUGCAAUACAAGACAACAGAAAUACAAAAUUUAAUCGAAGAAACAUUGGAACUCAAUAAGUCCAUAUAUCAUGAAAAGGAUUUAGAACUAACUGUUUCUCAAGACCGAUUAUUCAAAGAGAUGUUAAGCAGGGUUUCACACUUGGCCGGCGAAUUUCGAAUCGGCACAGAGAAACGAGUUAAUAAAACAGAACGUCGAACAUUAGAAUACAAUUAUAAACUUAAUGACAAGUUGGCAAAUCUAAGCAACAAAAUAUCCCAUAUCAUGGGUAAACAUAAAUCUUAUAAACAAGCUACAAGACAAUUGAAGCAUGAUAUAAACGUACUACAGGAACUAAGAGAUCAAAUGCAUAAGAACUGGUCGAAUCAUAUCAAAUCUUUAAAAGGUUCAGUAUCCAAUUGUUUAGAAAAAGAACAGAAAUUAUCUUCAAUAAUGAAAUCAUUUACAAGUGACAAAACUAUCGACUCAAUGAACAAUGAUUUGUUUGACGAACAAAUAAAAUAUAUUAGUACGAAAGAAAUUCGACUAAAUGAUGAUUUACAAACAUUAAGAUCUAAGUACGAGCAUACAUUAUUUCAAUAUGAAGAAUACAUGGAUCUGAAGGAUAAAGAACUUUAUCGUUUGAAUCAAUUAAUUAAAGCUAGGAACAGUCUGUGUCAAUUAGUGUUUGAUUGCAAAACUGCAUUAUGGGAAGCCUAUGAAAUGUCAGAACCGGAAAAUGCUAUGAAACUGAAUUUAACUGAACGAAUUCAACGUCAUGAUCAUUUAUUGACUGCAUUCUUUAUCUUAAUUUAUACAUGUGAUCAGCUCAUUUCACGUAUUACCCCAUAUCAAAUCGGGGACUUUCGAUUAAGUCAAAUAACCAGAAGUAUACCCUCAGCAUCAAUAAAGCAGUCAUCACGUGGUAAUAAGGUUAUGUUUAGUAAUUCUCUGCAUACAUUUUCCGGUUCUUCAUUGGCUAAAAGUGACAACCAGACUAGGAAAUUUUCAUCAAAUAACAAUGAAUCUAGUGGAUCAUUGUUGGAUUCAUGUGGAAAAGAUUGUGAUUCAACAUCGAACUUCCCAUUAGCAUUAAAAUUUGGUUUAGAACCAAUAGACGAUGUAAAGCAAAAUAUUUCCACUACUAAUUUAAUUAAAGAAUUAUCAAAAUGUUCACGUCAAUCAUUAAGACGAACUAACACACCAGUUUUACAUUCAAUAGCUGUGCAAACUGAUUCAUUAUUCGCAAGUCAUAAACAACCAUCAAAUUUAUGCAAAAAGAGGAGUUUAAACAAAGCGUGUUUUGCAAGAAUUAGUCGUGGAAUUUUACAACUUCCACUGAUUAAUUCAACAAUUCUAGCACCAAAGGAAGAUUAUGAUGAAUUGUACAGAUUUAAUAUACAAUCAACUUAUAAACAAAAGUCACCUAUACUACCAAGUUUAUACAAAUUGGCUAGAAUGUAA